AGGAAGUGACGAAACUCCUGGCGCGCGCCGGUCGCUGUUUCUUUUCAGGCUCCGGGACCGGCGGCGGCGGCGCGGGUGUUUUAACUCAAAUGGGUGAUGAAAAGGACUCUUGGAAAGUGAAAACUUUAGAUGAAAUUCUUCAGGAAAAGAAACGAAGGAAGGAACAAGAGGAGAAAGCAGAGAUAAAACGCUUAAAAAAUUCUGAUGACCGGGAUUCCAAGCGGGAUUCCCUUGAAGAGGGGGAGCUGAGAGAUCACCGCAUGGAAAUAACCAUAAGGAACUCCCCUUACAGGAGAGAGGACUCCAUGGAAGACAGAGGAGAGGAAGAUGAUUCCUUGGCUAUCAAACCACCCCAGCAAAUGUCUCGGAAAGAAAAAGCUCAUCACAGGAAAGAUGAAAAGAGAAAAGAGAAACGUAGGCAUCGCAGUCACUCAGCAGAAGGGGGGAAGCAUGCUAGAGUGAAAGAAAAGGAAAGAGAACAUGAACGUCGGAAACGGCAUCGAGAAGAACAGGAUAAAGCUCGCCGGGAAUGGGAAAGACAGAAGAGGAGGGAGCUGGCACGAGAACAUUCCAGGAGAGAGAGGGACCGUCUUGAACAGUUAGAAAGGAAGCGAGAGCGCGAACGCAAGAUGCGAGAGCAGCAGAAAGAACAGAGGGAGCAGAAGGAGCGGGAGCGGCGGGCUGAGGAGCGGCGCAAGGAGCGGGAGGCCAGGAGAGAAGUCUCUGCACAUCACCGAACGAUCAGGGAAGACUAUAGUGAUAAGGCGAAGGCAAGCCACUGGAACCGCAGCCCCCUCCGACCACCCCGGGAGAGGCUUGAGCUGGGAGACGGCCGGAAGCCAGUGAAGGAAGAGAAGAUGGAGGAGCGGGACCCCCUCUCCGACCUGCAGGACGUCAGUGACAGUGAGAGGAAGACGAGCUCGGCGGUGUCGUCCUCAGCGGAGUCGGGGUCUGGUUCUGAGGAGGAGGAGGAGGAAGAGGAGGAAGGCAGCAGCAGUGAAGAAUCGGAGGAGGAGGAGGAGGAAGAGGAGGAAGAAGAGGAGGAGGAGGAAGAGGAGGAGGAGGAGACGGGGAGCAACUCUGAGGAUGCUUCUGAGCAGUCAGCAGAAGAAGUGAGUGAAGAAGAAAUGAGUGAAGACGAAGAGCGAGAGAGUGAGAACCACAUUUUAGUCGUUCCAGAGUCACGGUUUGAUCGCGAUUCCGGGGACAGUGAAGAAGGGGAGGAGGACAUGGGUGAGGGGACCCCACAGAGCAGCGCCCUGACCGAGGGGGACUACGUGCCUGGCUCCCCAGCCUUGUCACCCAUCGAGCUCAGACAGGAGCUGCCCAAGUACCUGCCCGCCCUGCAGGGUUGCCGGAGCGUGGAGGAGUUCCAGUGCCUGAACCGGAUCGAGGAGGGCACUUACGGGGUGGUCUACCGAGCAAAGGACAAGAAAACAGAUGAAAUUGUGGCUCUCAAACGGUUGAAAAUGGAAAAGGAGAAAGAGGGAUUUCCGAUCACAUCCCUGAGAGAAAUCAACACCAUCCUCAAGGCCCAGCACCCAAACAUCGUCACUGUCAGGGAGAUCGUGGUGGGCAGUAACAUGGACAAGAUCUACAUCGUGAUGAACUACGUGGAGCACGACCUCAAGAGCCUCAUGGAGACCAUGCGGCAGCCCUUCCUGCCGGGGGAGGUGAAGACGCUGAUGAUCCAGCUGCUGCGGGGCGUGAAGCACCUGCACGACAACUGGAUCCUGCACCGCGACCUCAAGACGUCCAACCUGCUGCUGAGCCAUGCCGGCAUCCUCAAGGUGGGCGACUUCGGGCUGGCGCGCGAGUACGGGUCCCCCCUGAAGGCCUACACGCCGGUCGUGGUGACCCUGUGGUACCGCGCCCCUGAGCUGCUGCUGGGCGCCAAGGAAUACUCAACAGCCAUCGACAUGUGGUCCGUGGGCUGCAUUUUUGGAGAACUGCUGACCCAGAAGCCACUGUUUCCUGGGAAAUCAGAAAUUGACCAGAUCAAUAAAGUGUUUAAGGACCUGGGGACCCCCAGUGAGAAGAUCUGGCCGGGUUACAGCGAGCUGCCAGCUGUCAAGAAGAUGACAUUCGCCGAGCACCCCUACAACAACCUCCGCAAGCGCUUCGGGGCUCUCCUCUCCGACCAGGGCUUCGAUCUCAUGAACAAGUUCCUGACCUACUACCCCGGGCGGAGGGUCAACGCCGAGGAUGGCCUCAAGCACGAGUACUUCCGGGAGACCCCACUGCCCAUUGACCCAUCCAUGUUCCCCACGUGGCCCGCCAAGAGCGAGCAGCAGAGGGUGAAGCGCGGCACCAGCCCACGGCCCCCUGAGGGAGGCCUGGGGUACAGCCAGCUGGGCGACGAUGACUUGAAAGAGACAGGCUUCCAUCUCACCUCCACCAGCCAGGGGGCCUCAGCUGCCGGCCCGGGCUUCAGCCUCAAGUUCUAGCUUUGGGGCCAGUCAAGCCCUGGGUGCACCCUGCAUGGAGCUGCAGUGCAACAGACGAGGACAGUGGCUGGACCUGGCUGCCGCAUGGAGGGCACUGCAGAGGGGGCUUCUCUGUCCUCACGGCCGGGCCCUCCCAACUGACCUGCAGCCCAGACAGCGAGAAGCUCAAAAUCCUGGAACUUCUUGUCUUGUUGUUACUUGGUUUUUAUUUUAUUUUGGCUGGUAAACUUCUAGAAUGAAACCACAUCUUCCCUGUCAUGGAGAAAAGGCCGUAUGUUUUCAAGUGGAGAGAGCAGGUGUCUGCAGGGGCCAGGGUGGGUGGUGCCCUCCCCACGGCCAUGGUGGCCCCAGCAGACACUGCUGCCCAGGCCGGCUGGGUGAGGCGCCUUUUUUAUGUUCUGAUCUUGCAGGAUCAGUGUUUUGGGGCUGCAGAUGGUCUGUGUCGGCCUCCAGGGCCUCUGCCAGGCUCAGACCAGCCCCUUCUGGAGGGCCCUGUGAGCACAGCGUCAGCCGUUGUGGGUUUUAUACAACAAGAGUUACAUGUUUUGAAAUGCAGUAAAAUAUUCUUGGAGGAAAA